GGGGGAAUCAUGGGUUGGUGGUGGGCUUCAUGUUAGGAGGACACCCCUCCAUCUGUUCACAGUGUAACCUGCUUCCAAUUUAAAGCCCAGAUUUCAAUGCAAACCUCAAUUCCUAUUCCCCAUUUUAAAUGCAAAGCAAGGCUCCUGAAUCACAGUGUCUCUGCCACUGGGAUUCAGCCCAAAUUUCCCCCCAAAUUCUCAGGCCAUUUGUUUGAAUACCUGCUUACAGUGGUGCACAAUGGGCAGCUUUGAGAAGAAAAAUUGAUAAUCUUCACGGAAGAGUAAUUUGAAUGAAAUUACACUUGACAGGCUGUCUCUAAGCAAACAAGAGAAGCAGGGAGCCUCAGCUAAGCUCUGAGGACUUGCCUGAGCCACUGCUGUGGGAGCUUCCCAGGGGGAAAAAAAAGACCAGUUUUUCCAACGUCUAAUUGAGGCUUUUGAUUAAUUCCGUGUACCAGAUUCUACUGAAGGAAGGUAGCCAUGGAAGAGAAUAUGGAAGAGGGACAAACACAAAAAGGGUGUUUUGAGUGCUGUAUCAAAUGCCUAGGGGGCAUUCCCUACGCCUCUCUGAUUGCAACCAUCCUGCUCUAUGCUGGAGUGGCCCUAUUUUGUGGCUGUGGCCAUGAAGCACUUUCUGGAUCUGUCACUAUUCUGCAAACCUACUUUGAGAUGGCAAGAACUGCUGGAGACACACUGGACGUCUUUACCAUCUCCUCUACUUCACCGAGCAGCAUGCCCUUGUACAGAGCUUGCGCUCUCCUCCUAACACAUCAAAAGUACAUGAGACAACGUCUCACCAUCCUGGCUUCUACGCAGCAUGCUGGCUCGUCUUCCUCCAAGACAGAUUUGUUUGCUCCUUUGGCAGUCGAUGGCACUUGCAUUUUUCUUCGGCAGCACCAUAAGUCAAAUGCAUCAAUUCUUAGAUCGUCUUUAUUUAGUGUCCAACUUUCAAAUGCUUAUGAGCUGGUUGAAAAUACGAAGGCUUGUGUCAGGAACACUUUAGUCUUCAAGUUUAUCAUGCUGACAUACCUUUUCAUGCUGGCCUGGCUGGGCGUCACCGUUUUCACCUCACUGCCGGUUUACAUGUACUUCAAUCUGUGGACCAUCUGCCGGAACACCACCCUGGUGGAGGGAGCCAAUCUCUGCUUGGACCUUCGUCCAUUUGGAAUCGUGACCAUUGGAGAGGAAAAGAAAAUUUGCACUGUCUCUGAGAAUUUCCUGAGGAUGUGUGAAUCCACUGAGUUGAACAUGACCUUCCACUUGUUUAUUGUGGCACUUGCUGGAGCGGGCGCAGCAGUUAUUGCGAUGGUUCACUAUCUUAUGGUUCUGUCUGCCAACUGGGCCUAUGUGAAAGAUGCCUGCAGGAUGCAGAAGUACGAGGACAUCAAGUCAAAGGAGGAGCAGGAGCUUCAUGACAUCCACUCCACCCGCUCCAAGGAGCGCCUCAACGCCUACACAUAGAGCGCACUCUCCUCUCAGCCGGCCGUGAGAAUGCUUCCUGUUAAACGAAAGGCCACCCAACUGACAACCAUUAAAAACCACAAGGAAAGUGCUUCUCAUCAUUGAUGUGUAGGGUGACUUAUGAAUCACCUGAAUACAAUUCUUUGUUGAGUUGCACUUUGCUAAUUCGGUAAAUUGGUGUAAUUAGCUCUCUUCUACAAGCUCCUAUCCAGCCCCCUCCUUUUUUUUUAAUUUCACAAACUCAUUUAAUAGUUCUGUAAGAUCAAAAUUACUAACAUUGUCAACUGCAAAGAUUUGUUUGAUUUUUAACCACUUCCUAUGUGUUAUGCAUAACAUUUUUUGCAUUACUUCUUAUGUUUUUGAAAAGAAAAAAUAGCUUUUUAUACUUUUGGGUUUUUAUUUCGGUAACUAGCUUAACUACAGGUAACCUUCAAAGGGACCAUUAUACAGUAUGAACAACAGACAGAGAUGACAUCACAAUGACUCCUCUUGAAAUAUGGGUAUCUUGGCUGAAGAUCAGUGGCCACAUUAUUGCAGGCCCUGGUUAAGGUUUUCAUCCAACUAAGGUGCAAUUUCUAAAUUUGUAAGAGUAGGUUAAAAAAAAAAGUGCUUCUUAUCUUUGUUAACCUUGUAUUUUUCUUGGUGUUCUUAAAAGGUAUUCCUCCCGGAUUCCUCCUGUUUAUGUUGUGAGCAUGUAGAAACCAGUGAUGCUAAUGCAUGGCUAAUUGCCUUCCUAAGACUGUGACACCAGGCUGACCUUUUCAAGUGGAUUGUAGAGAAACCCUAACGGAGAUAGCUACUUGUGUUCUACAGAAUAGGCUGGCAUAAGCAGCGGCUGGAUUGGAACUUUGAUGGUAAUAUAGAAAGUUAAUUACCUUUAUGAAGGUGACGUAUUCAAAAUAAGCACACUAAGCUGUCAGAAGUUGUUUUACCUGCUUUAAAAGUUUUGAUGGAUUGCACCUCUGUAAACUAUCCCUAAAAUGUGUAUGAUAUAUUUGAAAAGGGUUCCAUUAAUAUAAUAGCUUUGCUUGCAGCCUUCCAAUCUAUGUUGGUUUACCUGUAGUGUUUUUAAAAGUGUGGUCAGAAGCCACAAUAGAAUGUUCCAUUUUGGAGUGUAGUGGUAGAUUUGUGUUUUUAUUUCCAGCAAGUCAUUUUAAACUACUAUUCAUUCAUAUUCAUUUAUAAGAAGAACCUGUAUCAAAGGAAUUAAAAAAAAGAGCAAUCAGUAUUAUCAGACCAAAUUUGGUGUUUGUUUUAACCUUGACUUUCUUCUUUUAUUUUCAAUGCUACAAGAAUGCUGUAAAGUGUCUUUGAAUAUGAUGUAACCUGACAAGACAUUUUUGUCAGUGAUCAACACUAGGUAGUACUGCGCACUGAUUUGACCAUUGUGAAACCCUUUCUCAGUGUAAGUGCAUUUCUAAUAAAACUUUAUUCAGUGAACCAAUCUUUGUGCAAUGACUAAUCAUGCAUCAUCAGUGAUUUUACAAGUUCUUGUAGUACGUAGAGAGGGAGUUCUCUGUGGCAUGAUUAUGCAUUCUGUAGAAUUAUUUAAGUAAUUGGGGGUUGGUUUUGCUUCUUUUUUUACACUUCGCUUAACUUACCGGUCGAGCUUUUUCUGGUAUACACAGUAUUACAUAUAUCCAACAAAAAAGUAUUAAUGGGCUUCUUUCAAUUCUAUAUUAUAGUGUUUCAGUUCUGUGUCUUAACUGUUUGUGAUGAUUUUUAAAACUGUCUUUUAAACUUAUGUAAUGAUGUUGACGCUUUUGGCUUUUUUCUGGUAUUAGAGUUUGUAUUUUCACAGAGUGCUUUGUAACAGGCAUCCUAACUAAUCUGUUUUGUACAUCAACGUGCCAACAGCUUGACGGUGGCGUUUUUGAAAUGUAGAACAAAGUGCUUGCAAAAUGUAAUAAACACACUUGUGUCAUUUGUGUACUUAG